AUGCCAAUCAUUGACGGGCUCGCAAGGGCAACUGCACAAAUGGAUAUGGGAAUGGAAGAAUGGGAAAUCACAACGAAUGCACAACAGCUGGAACCAGUGAACAAUGUAUUGCUACAAAAAGGCCUUGAUCCUUCAAACAUAAAGUUCAUUCAAGAUAACGCCCGUCCACACGUUGCAAAGCUUGUUCAGGAAAAACUCGAAGAGUUGGGCUGGGAAACUCUCCCGCAUCCGCCAUAUUCUCCGGAUAUUUCUCUUUCAGAUUACCAUGUAUUUUGCUCAAUGCGAAACCAUUUGGCUGGAAACAGGUUUAAAGAUGUUCAAGAGGUCGAAAAAUGGUUAACCGACUUCUUUGCCUUCAAACAAGCCAAUUUUUACGCCGAAGGAAUUCAUUCUUUGCAUGGAAGAUGGAAACAAAUAUUGUUAACAUAUGGUGAAUAUAUUGUUGAU